AUGGUUUCUAGAAUCAUCGCAUCCGCCGCAUUAGUUGCUCAUACUUUUGCCUCAUCUAUUGUUGCGAGACAGACUGUCAACGCCACUGUAGAAGUAAAUAGUACCAACGCCACUGUAGGAGUAAAUAGUACCAUGGUCAACAUAGCAUCAUUCUGUACAGAAAACACGGCCACGUGUGAUACUUACGACUUUUGUCAAACCAAGGUCGAUGAGCUUACGAACUUACCGUACUGCGACUCUAUCAGCACCGUGAUUGAGGCUUACAACGAUGCUAUUUGCAUUACUGAACCCGUAGAGAUUACUUGUGAUGCCGACUUGCUCUGCAAGUGGAGCACCUCGAAAGGGAAGUGUGUAGGAGAUAAUGAGAGUAUCACUAUUGUAUACGAGGGUGAGAACGUUACUAUCUCCAACGAGGGAGUGGCCCCACAGAACGGAACAUACGAGCAUGCUCCAUCAUACUGUCGCACAUUCACCACAGAGAUCGCCUGCGACGCCGUUGUUGGCGUGUGUGAGUGGGAGCUUGCUGACAAUGUCGAGACAUUCGCAGAUGAGUGUGGAACAAAGAAGAAGACCAUCACUAACACCAACCAGCUAGUAUGCACUGGUCUUGAAGAUGCUGCUUGCGGCGCUGAUUUGCGCUGUGAGUUCGGCAAUGAGACAGAAGGCUGCUUGGGUAGCGAGAAGAUGUUCCUCCUGCCAACCGCAAUCUAA